CAGUGAGGCAUAAAAGGUGAUUGAAAAUUUGAAAAUUUGCAAUCGCCUGUGUUCAAGAUAGUCCCAUUAAUUUAUUUUUCGUGCAUUUAAUUUUGAUAUUUAUAAUUAGAUCCGGGUGGGGGAGAGGAAAAUCAACCAGAUUUGGAUACUAGUGACUGCGCAAUUAUUUCGCCAGCCGUACCUUCGAAACUGAAAACGUAAAAAUCAAGAGAAGAAAAAGAUUCACCGCUUGCAUGCAUCAAUUAUGCGAUUUCUCUCAUUUCCCCCUACUUCCAUUUCCAUUACAUUUGGUCGAAGUCGAACCGUCGAACAAAAUUCAUAUCCCAGUCGCAAAAAAUGAACAAAAUGUACAGUACAUCCGUGCUCACUGCUCAGAAAAAAAAAAUCCUUUCGACCCAUCUUCCCCAACCUGCCUCGAUCGUCCCCCUCGCCGAUAUAACCAACCCACCGCCACAUCCCCGACAAUCAUCCACACACACACAAACGCUCCACAGUGGAGUCUCCACCGCGUACAAUUCACAACCAUCAGCAAUGCCUCCUCCCCCGCUCCGCCUCCUCUUCAUCCUCCUCCUCCUCUUCCACAUCCCCUUCUCCCUCUCCUCCGGCCACAGUCACAGCCGCCGCCACCGCGCCCCAGCGCCCUCCCCGGCAACUCCCCCGGCCGCUUCCGACACCGCGCCUCUCCCGGUCCUCCUCGCCUGCAACGCCACCCGCUUCAAGCCCGUCUGCGUCUCCACGCUCUCCGCCGCCAACGCCACCUCCACGCCCGACCUCCUCGCCGCCACGCUCUCCGCGCUCCGCUGCCGCAUCCCGCCGGCCGUCUCCACCGCGCGCUCCAUCCUCUCCUCCUCUUCCUCCAACGUCAACCUCUCCAGCGCCGCCACCAACUGCCUCACCCUCCUCUCCAUCUCCUCCCACCGCCUCUCCCCUUCCCCGGCCCCGUCCCUCAUCUCCGCCUCCGCCGCGCUGCUCCACCUCUACGACUGCUGGUCCGCCUACAAGUACGUCAACACCUCCAGAACCAUCUCCGACGCCAUGGCCUACCUCAACGACGCCAUCGCCGUCAGCAGCAACUACAUCUCCAUGCUCGCCGCGCAAAUCCGCUACGGCGACGACACCUCCCGCUGGGCGCCGCCCCAGACGGAGCGCGACGGGUACUGGCCGUCGGCCGCGGCGGACGCGGAGGCCGAUGUCGACGCGCUCGGCGUGCCCAGGGGCCUGCCGGCGGACGCCACGGUGUGUCGCGACGGGUGCGACUACGAGACGGUUAAGGAGGCGGUGGCGGCGGCGCCGGACGACAACGGCGGCGGAAAGAGGUUCGUGGUGCGCGUGAAGGAAGGGGUUUACAAGGAGAGCGUGAGCGUGCCGUGGGAGAAGACCAACCUGGUGCUCGUCGGCGACGGCAUGGGGAAGACGGUCAUCACGGGGGACCGCAACGCCGACACGCCCGGCGUCUCCACGUUCAACACCGCCACCGUAGGCGUGCUCGCGGACGGGUUCAUGGCGCGGGACCUAACGAUCGCGAACACGGCGGGUCCCGACGCGCACCAGGCGGUGGCCUUCCGCUCCACGGGCGACCGCACGGUCCUCGACGCCGUGGAGCUCCUGGGCCACCAGGACACGCUGUACGCGCACGCCAUGCGGCAAUUCUACACCCGGUGCCGCGUGUCCGGCACCGUGGACUUCGUCUUCGGCAACUCGGCGGCGCUGCUCCACGACACGCUCCUCCUGGUGCUGCCCCGGCAGCUGCACCCGGAGAAGGGCGAGACCGACGCCGUCACGGCCCAGGGACGCACCGACCCGGCCCAGCCCACGGGGAUCGUGCUCAGCCGGUGCGCCGUCAACGGCAGCGAGGAGUACAUGGCCAUGUACCGCCAGAAGCCCGACGCGCAUAGAGUCUACCUGGGCCGGCCCUGGAAGGAGUACUCCCGCACCGUGUUCGUUGGGUGCGCCCUGGCGGAGAUCGUGCAGCCGCAAGGGUGGAUGCCGUGGAGCGGCGACUUCGCGCUCGAGACGCUCUACUAUGGCGAGUACGACAGUGCCGGCCCCGGUGGGGGUGACCGGAGCCGGAGCAGGGUGAAGUGGAGCAGUCAGGUGCCCAAGGAGCAUGUUGACGUGUACGGCGUCGCUAGCUUCAUACAGGGGGAUAAGUGGAUACCUAAAGUGCAGUAGUGACGGGUGACACUGACGUAUACUGUACCUAGAGAGGCUGCAGUUUGUGCCAUUGGAAUGGUGCCUAACGCAGAUCGGCGAGUGGGUCAAAAACCGAUCUUGAUCUGUGAGGUUGGGCAAACACUCCACUGGUAAUAAAUUAGCUGGUGGUCUUGAGAGCGACCAAGAUGCAUGGCCGCCAAAUCUAGCGAAAGCAGCAUAAAGAAACAGAGUUUGCAUCCAUGUAUGUGGCCACAAGAUCUAUUGGCUUUAGCGGGCUCGGCGUGCGGUUUCCCCAA